UCCCUAUAAAUCUGAGCCAUAUAGAAGUAGUACACACACUACACACGUACACAUCUUCUUCUUCUUUACAAAAUCAUAUAAAUCUUUUUUCCUCUAAAAUCGAAAGAACACUUGAAUAGAUUGCAAAAAUCUUGGUCUGAUAUGUUGAUCAAGAUCCCACACGUUUGCGAUUCUUCUUUGGGUGGUUUCAAUCAUAAAAAAAAUCAUCGUCAGGAAUCCAAAUCUCUACUACAACAUAUCGAUAAGAAUAACAUGGUUUUGAUCUUCAAUUCUAAAGAUAAACAAGCUUUCCAACCUCUAAGGAGCCAUACAAGAUUUCUGCAAAGCUAUAGCAAAAAUACAAGAAAUUUUGUCGUGCGUAGUAUGGAACCGGGAGCUCCGCCUCCCGGACCUCCUUCGAAUAUUUUCUGGGCUGCGGGUGUGGCUGUAGCAAUAGUGAUACCUUUUAUCAGCUACAAAUGGGGUCCAUUGCUUAAGAGCAAGGUUAUGGCCGCUUUGCAAAAGGCGGAAGACGUGGCGGAGGCGGUGGAGAAGGUGGCGCAUAAGGUGGAGAAGGUGGCUGAGGAUAUCGCCGACGAUAUUCCAAAGGAUACAAAACUAAGGGAGGUUGUUGAUUUUGUUGAAAAAAUUGCUGAAAGGGCAGGAAAUGAUGCUGGAGCGAUUGAUGACUUCAUUGAUAAGGUUCAAGAAGAAGAAGAAAAGGCAGAAACCAUUGCUAAAUCUCUCAAGGAAGAUUUCAAGAAGGAUCCAGCUGAGGAUUCGAAAGAUGAAAAAUCAAAUGCUGAAAAUUAAAUUAGAAAAGUUAUACAAUAGUAUUCGUACUUGAUAAUCACAUUAGUUUAAUUCCGUUUCCUAAACAUCCGAAUUAGCUUUUGGUAGGCGAAUUUAUUUUGUAAUUAUAUGUUUUAGAGUUUUCGUAAUUAUUAUGUUGAUCACAAUAUCGGACUAAAAUAAUCUUAAUGCUAGAAACUUGACUUAGUUCAAA